CGUGCUUCACCUGUGAUGUGUGACUGUCACUUGUCAGUGCCAAAAAGUGGUCAAAAUUCUUUCUGCUGGAAAAACUGUGGUCAAAAAGUCGUCAAAAACACAAGGAAAACAAGAAAAAAUAGGUGAAAAAAAACGAGAAAUACCACCUUCGAUCACAGCUCAGGUUUGUGGUCUGUGCCUUCAGGGAAAAAUAAUUUGAUACUGAUUGUUUUAAAAUGUAUUCUUUAAUAUCUAAUUCCAUCCUUAUUAUACGUUCUAGCAUUGCUCCAGAAAUGAGCGGAGAAUCAGCCAACGGCCAGGCGGGGGCCGGAAAAAUUGCACUAGAUGGAAAGAUUGGCUUUAUUGGAGGAGGAAACAUGGCAAAAGCGAUAUGUGAGGGUAUUGUUACCAAAGGUUUAGUGGAGUACAGCCAAAUUUAUGUAUCAGGACCAAAUAUGACAAAUCUAGUUACAUGGAGAGAUAAAGGAGCACAUGUGUAUAUUCAGAAUGGUGCGAUUGUGGAAGAAUGUGAUGUUAUAUUCAUAUCAGUGAAACCGCAUAUGCUAGCAGAUGCUAUAGCUAAUAUGUAUGACACAUUGAAAACACCAAAUCCAAGAUCAAAAUUGUUUGUAUCAAUUUUAGCUGGAGUUACAAUAAAACAACUUCAAAAUGUGUUAGGCCGGAUAGACGCUAGAGUAAUUAGAGUGAUGCCAAAUACACCAAUGAUGGUAGGUGAGGGUUGCACAGUAUUCGCUCCCGGCCCCAAAGCAACAGAACAUGACAUUGAAACAGUAGAAGCAAUUUUAUCUAUUAGUGGAAUUUGUAAACAAGUACCCGAAUCUCUUAUCAAUGCUGUUGGGUCACUAUCAGGAUCUGGACCAGCAUUUGUUUACCUGAUCAUAGAAGCCCUGGCGGACGGUGGCGUAAAAAUGGGCAUUCCAAGAGCUAUGGCGUUAGAGUUUGCAACUCAAACGGUAUUAGGUUCUGCCAAAAUGGUUAAAGAAACUGGCAAACACCCAGCACAGUUGAGAGAUGAGGUGUGCUCUCCUGGAGGUACAACUAUAACUGGUGUUCAUGCAUUGGAAAGAGGAGGAGUCAGGGCUGCUAUAAUGGAUGCAAUUGAGGUUGCAACUAAGAAGGCAGACGAACUAGGUGCAAAAAAACAUGGAUAAUGCAUCAUUAAAUAGAUAGUUAACGUUUUUUUACUAUAGAUAUUGUUAAAACCCAACUUUAGUUUCAUCACAUUAGUACUAAAUGUUGAACAGUCGAAACUUCAGUGUCAAUGUAUUUAUACAAUUCUGUUUACACUUGGUAUGUUUUGUUUUUCGAUAAAAAAUAUCAAUAAUUAGCACUGAUAGCAUAUAACAAGUAACAGGGUUUUCGCAAUUGUAGUCGUAGUUCAUUCUAUUGAUUUGUAUGUCGAAAAUUGAUCUGAAAAUUACGGGUUUUGUACUUUGUUAAAGUUUUAAUUGUAUGUCUUUAUCUUUGUAUUUUGUGAAUUAUGUAACAAUAUUUUUUCUUAAUAUCCAUUUACAUGACUACUAACAUCUCCAUACAGUGCUUAAGAAUUUUGUUAUCUUUAUCAAGUGAUAAUACCCACUGACGUAGCUAUAGCUCUGAUAAGGGGGGGGUCCCCAAAGUGAAAAAAACAGAGCUCUAACGCCAAUUGGAUCUAUUACUUACAGAUUAAACAUUUCGAUUAUAACACGCAAGUAUAGUCGCGGGUAAUCUAUAAUAUAUAACUCAGGUUACUUAGGUAGGUGCCUUUAAAUAAAAAGUUUAAUGUAUGUAUUGCAAUAUUUAUUCAAAAGUAACAAAGUUGAAACUUUAAAAUAAUAAAUUUAGUCUUUUACGUUUUAUUGCUAACUGAUUGAUAAUUUCUUCGGAAUCUAGUUGCACCGCCAGAUCUCGGUGUACGCUCAUUAAAGCCAGACCAGUAAGUCUUUCAUCGCCCAUUUUAUUUCUUAGGUAAGUUUUUAACCUCUUUAAGGUAGAGAAAGAUCUUUCAGGGGUUGCAGUGGACACUGGGAGUGUGGCUAAGAUAAUUAGAAGCUUUUUUAUUGAAGGGAAGAACUGAUCAUCGCAGUUAUCGAUAGCGUCAAGCACAGUUGCAGGUUUUUGUGCUACAGAUUUCCAGUGAUUGUGCCAUAUCUCAUAUUCACUCAGAAAUAUUGUGCCUUCAUUUUCUCCACCAAGAAAUGUUUGUGCAAUUUUUUCAAGAUUUUCUUUUAUCCUGGAGUCAUUACUAGUUUUUUCAGGUAACAGCAUUUGAAUUCCUUCGAUCGUCGAUUCAUGUGGUUUAAAACGAGCGUCGAGUUCUGCAAUAACAUGAUCAAUGAAAGGGUAAAACACAUUUCGUCGGUAGUAUAUUUCGGCAGUUUCUGCUGCAAUAUUAUUGCGCAGGGUUUGCCUUCCAGUUAUUCUUGGCACGACUAUAUCGCCUGAACUCAUCUGCUGCGCUUGCUCAAAAAGGAUUGCAAACUGACUUUCGUUCCGAACAUUUAGUAAAGUCGUUUUUACCGUUUUUGUAUAUUCGCAAAUGUUGGUCAAAUCGACAUUGACUUUCUGCAUUGCUUUGUUAAGGUUUGCUGUAUAUGAAAAAACUUUUCUCAGUAUAACUAAAGAAACAAUAAACUGGCUGUUAUCCAUAGCGGUUUGAAGAUGGUAUGCUUGAGUAGCGACGUCGCUGCUUGCAGCAUCUUGAAGUGCCCCAAGUGUUUCGCGUAUAACGGGAACCAUUUCUGCAAAUCUUUCGACAGCCACGUGUUUCUCGGUCCAUCUUGUCUCACAAAGAGAGAUAAGCGUUGAAUGAGAUGAGUUAAUUUGAUCCGCAAUUUUCUUCAAAAGUCCGUCGCGAAGCGGUGAUUGGCGAAAAAAGUUUAUUACGCUCUUAAACUAAACUAAAACUAAGUUAAGAACAUGAGCAACACAGUGUACGAAUUGCGCCUUCGGGUAUUGCUCUGAGAUUAUUGUUCUUACGCCCCGUAACCGGCCGCUCAUCACUGCAGCGCCAUCAUAGCCUUGACCAAUCCAUUUAUCCAUAUCCAAGUUAUAUGAUAAAAGAUGUGAUAUAAUAGUCGUUGCCAAAGCUUGAGCUGAAACAUCUUCUACGUUAAUGAAUUCUAAAAAAUCUUCCCGUAUAACCGAUUUCCCAGAUGAGCAGUGUACAUAUCGUAAACAUAACGCUAAUUGUUCUCGCCGUGAAAUGUCUUGUGUUUCAUCAGCAAGUAUAGUAAAAAAACCAGCCUCUUUGACCCUAUUAAGUACUUGCGUUUGAAUAGCACUACCACAUAGUUCAAUCACCUCAUUUUGAAUUACUGAUGACGUAUACAUGGCUCUACUGUGAAUGUUUUGUGUUAGUAAAUGAUUCUUGAGUGCUUCAUCGCCAGAUCGCGCACGAAAACGAAGAAGUGCUCUAAAAUUACCAUCAUUAUGUUCAGGCUCAUUUAUCCCAAUUUCUCCAGAAUCAUGACUUCCUCUUAGUGCUAUUGCUUGCCUUCCGCAAAGAAUAAUUGUUUCAACAAUGGCUUUUAAUCUUUUUCUGUUCUCUUCGGCAAUUUUAUUGUUUUCUACAUUUAAGCAUUCUGUAACAUCAAGCGUUUUUCCUUCCAUGAUCCUUGCAAAAUUUGCUGCCUGCUCAACAGCAAAUUUGUGAUACUUCGUAUCUGCAUGGUGAUCAAAGCUCUCUAAAGCUUUCUUCCAGUUAAUAAAUGGCUUACUAACAAAGGCUCCAAGUUCUUGAUGACCACGACCACCUUGCGUUUUUCCAAGUAGAACACAUACUUUGCAAAGUGCUCCCUGCAUGAGGUUUGAAUAUACAAGCCAUGAGUACCUGUUAGUCCAAUGGCGUUGAAAAGAAAGUUUCUUUUUACCGGUGUCAGUGACUGGAAAUUUAAAUGUGUCCGGAGGAAUCCAAGGCUCUUUUAAUGCUCUCAGCUUUUCCUCGUCAUUGCUUGGAGGAUGACAUACGUAUUUCCCAAUAUCAUAACCCGUCCUGGCUGCGGCUGCGGACGGAGCCGAACACAAAUCGAUCCUGGCUGUAACAAAGAAAUAUUUGACAAAAACUAAAAAGUUAUGUUGGGAAUAAGAAUUUUCAACUAAAAAUUAAGUCUACGCGAACACAGUCGCGGGCGCCACUUAGUUGUUAAAUAUAAUUCUAUUUCUCUUAAAAGGCGAAAUGAUUUUAUGACACUUAGGUACAUUCCGCAUGUACACUGAAAUUACCAUUUUUGUCAAAUAUUUUAUGCUCACGGCAACACAAUUGUUUACAAAAAUUCUCUGGGAAUAAAAAUAAGAGCAGGAUAAAAGUUUUUAGAGCGUCUAUUAAAUUCAAAUAACUGGAUUUCUUCCUAAUUAAAUAAAUAAGAGACUUACCUUUCUUCACUUCAUCGUCAUCAGUAUCUGUGGAUGGCCCCGCUCUAUUUAUUCCUACUUCUUCAAUUGACAAAAGUUCAUUGGGCUUUGGACUCUCUUUCUUACAAAAAAAACCCAAAAGAGAUACCUGAUUUGUUCGUUUCAUAGCGACACUUCUUUCUAUAUUGUAUUUAUAACAACUGCGCAACGCGUCAACGCGAAGAGAUAAAAUAGACUAGACAGUUCUGUGGACUAGACUACUAGACUAGCUUGGUUUGGUGCGCGCCGCCGAAGCGCGGGCGACGGUGGCGGGGGAAGUGCCCAUCCCCCCUCACCCCGCACUACGCGGGCAUACGCAUCGCGUUUUCCGAUACUCGCCCUACGGACACGCUCCACAGCAACUAUCGUUUAUUACAAUCGGCGCGGUGCAUGUAUUAUAAUUUUUUUCUGUUGGACAAGUAAGGUGGAUAUGAAUGGGGGGGGUCCGGACCCCCAAAACUCCCCCCUUAUAUACGUCCGUGGAUUAUAUAUAAUUGUUGUCAAUAAUUAUUGGCAAAUUUUUAGUUAAAUAAGUAGAUAUGCCGGAUUUUGUCUAGGAAUAUAUUAUACUUCCAUUCCUUAUACGUGUUUGAAAACUAAUGGACAGUACCAUGCGUGCCAUUGGUAGAUUAUGAUGUAUGUAGUCAGUAAAAUAUUGUUCAUACUAUACUUUUAAUUGUUGGAUGUCGGUUGUAACUAAAAAAUGCUGUUAAGUAGCUCGUAUUAUAAUAGUAUGCACUCAACUGCUAACUGUUUUCAAAUCUGAAGAUGACAGAGCGCAUAGAAAAAAAUUAACAUUAAACAGAAAAAGGACAACCGAUUUCCCGUAUAUAAUAUAUAAUAUAUAAGGAUCUACUACUCUACAUGUUUUUGGCGAAUGGGUUAUAGACUGUAACAUAACAUAACUGGGUGAUACGAGUGCUAUUUUCAUUCUGAAAAAAUGUAUUACUAGUUUUAUAAGUUAUAUAUACUGUGUACGAAACUAAGAUGUUUGAUAUAGAUAAAUAUAAUAAAAUCACAUGAAGCCUA